UUUGCCUGGAAACGUGACAUCAUUCUUGGCACAUCACCAUAGGUAGUAUGGCACAGGUCUCAAUGGCGUGCAGUCAAAUGACACAGUCAUCAUUCCACGAUGUACCAAACACUAGUUUUGCUCCGAAUUACAACCAGCAGCAGCAAGCACCUAACCCGUUCUCAGUCCCUCCAAGAAAAGAUGUGUCACCAUCAGCUGGAUCGUCAGCGCCGAAUCACCUAAACCGGCAAAUCGUAGCAUCGCAAACUCCAGGGUCGGUCUACGAUGCGUCUAAUCAGUGGCAAUGCGAUGCUGUCAUUAAUUCGAGAAAAAGACGCGAGUUCACGUCCGACGACAACAAGGACCCCGUGUAUUGGGAAAAGAGGAGGAGAAACAACGAAGCUGCAAAGAGAUCACGGGAGAAAAGAAGAAUCAACGAUAUCAUCAUGGAAACAAAGGUAUUGCAACUGACUAAAGAAAAUUCUAAAUUAAAAGCAGAAAUAGUGGCACUCAAACGUAGAUUCGGAGUCUUGGACGUGGAAAGCGUGACAGGGAUGAAACAAGAAUACGAUGCACAUCGUAAUUACGAAGAUGGAGUAACAACACCACGAGUUACAUUGGACGCUCCUAAUCUAACAUGUGCCGACAACGGGCCCGUACAGAUGAAACCACCCACAACCACGUCCAGGUAAAACAAUGCAAUUCUGACAAGCUAACUGCUACUGAUAUGUUGGACAGUACUGAGAGGAGGAAGCAUACAAAAAGUCCGGCAUCUGACCGGACAAAUAAGAGCUAUGGAAGUAACGUUGACGCAGAACCUAGCCCAGAUGAACAGAUGGACAGUGCCACGC